AAUAAUAAUUAUUUUUUAAUAAAUGUCCUGCUAGUGGCACUUGUUCGGUCAUUGGGUAUUCGGUAAAAUAUAUACAACAUAGAUCUAUCUUCUGCUGUUUCGGUCGUGCGUAGCCUGUGUCGAAAUUUAACCGACACAUUGAAAUUGGCUAUGCUUCGCAAAUUUUUAUAAUUUCCAAUUUAUGUUUUCUUCACAUACACACACAUUUAAAUGAAUUAACAUGAUAGAUAUUUGUAUCAAACUCGCUGUAUGAGACGAGAACGGAAGGAUCUCUUUUGUCAAGUUAACAGUCUCCGAUUGAACGGCGAACAUGUAAUGCCACAUGUCACAGCCGGACGCGACAGAUUUUUGUAUUAUAUUCGCUUUUAAAAUUGCACGAAAUAGUUUGUGUAUCCCUUGUGCAAAUUCCCUUGUCGCUUUUUUUCCGAUCUCCUUCGCCGCCCUUCCGCGGUUUCCUUCGGUCCGCGAAUCCGGUUUACACUUUCUGCGUCCACGUGUCAAAAUUUUGACACGUUCCAAAUUCCAGCGCACAUGAACACGGGACAACACGUAUGUCACCUGCCGCCGAACGAACUCAGCAAUUGAUCGCGAACAAGAUUCCAUCCCAAGUUCUCGUCCCAAAUCUAAAAAUUCUCGAGUCGAUAACUGCUGAAGUCAAAUUAUCGUUAUCAAGAUCAGCACGAGAUCUCCGUCUAACCUUUUCGCGCGUCGCUAAAUUUGCAGGAAACAAUUUGUUCCCAAUUGAUUCAUUGAAAAAAAAAUAGUUUUAAUGUCGUGAUUUCUCGUGUAAAUCUCGUCGCGGGAUUUCAAACGCACCCAGUCGUUCAUUAUUGAUAUGGAUGCGGAGCCAAGCACCAGUAACCGAAAGCCCGAGAAAUGCGACGUAAAUAACAACCAGCGCUUGAUAGCCGAAAGCGGCGGUCGGUGCAUGAGCACUCAGGCGAUGCAAUCGCUCUACGAUUUCCGACAAAAUAAUUUGCUGUGCGACGCGGUGUUGCGACUGGAGGACGGCGGUGUUUUUCCGAUUCACCGAGCCAUACUCUCAGCAUGCAGUACUUAUUUCAGAGCGUUGUUCACAACGACGCUGCAUUCGCGCGAAAAGACCGACGUUCUUCUGCCGGGUGUGACAAGUCCAAUAAUGAAUCUCUUGCUGGAAUACGCGUAUCUAAGAUCCAUCGACGUGAAUCGUGAAAAUGUGUGCGAAUUGUUGACGACGGCCGAUUACCUGAGCAUUCUGGGCGUGCUCGACUUGUGCUGCGACUAUCUGAGGGAUAACUUGGCGCCGGAAAACUGCAUCGGAGUGAUGAGAUUCGCUCGUCAGCAUUUUUGCAAGAAGCUGGAAAACGACGCUUAUCGUUACAUUGUCGGACACUUCGUUGAGGUAUCUCAGAGAAACGAGGAAAUUCUGCACCUGCCCAUCGAGAAACUGAAGCCGCUGGUCGGCGCCGACGAGUUGAAUGUCAAAAGCGAGCAAACGGUGUGGGAACUGGUUCUGCGAUGGAUCAAUCACGAUCCGGAAAACAGAAAGGAACACAUAGUCGAUCUGAUGAAGAACAUCAGACUGGGUCUCUUGGACACGCAGUUUUUUCUGGAGAACGUCAAGGAUCAUCCGUACGUUGUGGGCAACGACGCCUGCAGACCGAUCAUAAUCGAGACCCUGAAAUUCCUGUACGAUCUGGAAAUGAUCACGCAGAAAGACGGAGAGGUGCCGACGCCGGAGAUCGCGCGGCCUAGAGUCCCGCACGAGAUAUUGUUUGCCAUUGGUGGUUGGAGCGGCGGUUCCCCGACGAAUUACAUCGAGACGUACGACACGCGGGCGGAUCGAUGGAUUCCGAUCAGCGAAACGGAUCCGACUGGUCCGCGAGCUUAUCACGGACUCGCGGUGGUUGGCUUCGACAUCUACGUCAUUGGGGGAUUCGAAGGGGUCGAUUACUUCAACAGCUGCCGUUGCUUCAACGCGGUGACCAAGGUGUGGCGAGAGGUUGCACCCAUGAACGCCAGAAGAUGUUACGUUAGCGUGGCGGUUUUGAACAACUUGGUCUACGCGAUGGGUGGCUACGAUGGCUACCACCGGCAGAAAACAGCGGAACGUUACAAUUACAAAACGAAUCAGUGGUCUCUCAUCGCGCCGAUGAACGUGCAGAGAUCUGACGCCAGUGCGACUACUUUGAACGACAAAAUAUAUAUCACGGGAGGUUUCGACGGUCACGACUGCAUGAACACGGCCGAGGUGUACGAUCCGACCACUAAUCAGUGGACUAUGAUAACCGCAAUGAGGUCACGUAGGAGCGGCGUUUCGUGCAUAUCUUAUCACGGCUGUGUUUACGUUAUUGGCGGCUUCAAUGGAAUAUCGAGAAUGUGCAGCGGAGAGAAAUAUAAACCUUCCACAAAUACCUGGAGCAAUAUUCCCGAUAUGUACAAUCCACGUAGCAACUUCGCCAUCGAAGUCAUCGACGACAUGAUCUUCGCGAUUGGGGGCUUUAACGGUGUAACUACAACGUAUCAGGUGGAAUGUUACGACGAAAAGACAAACGAGUGGUACGAAGCGACUGACAUGAAUAUAUGUAGAUCAGCGCUAUCAGCCUGCGUUAUCACAGGUCUUCCGAACGUGUACGACUACAUACACAAGCAUCGCGAGCGACUGAUGGAAGAAAAGCGUCAAAAGCUGCUGGCUCACGAAAUACGUCGGACACAAUAUCAGCAGCAACAGGAGCAGGAGCAAAUACGACAGAAUUUACAAAUAACUCAAGUUAUAGGACCGCCACCGCCGCCGCCGCCGCCGCCGCCGCCUCUGCCACGAAACGAAACUGACACCAACAAUAAUCGCCGACGUUAAAGUCCACGUUUGAUCAUUAAAUCGUUCACGCAACAUUUGCCUUAAUCGACCGGUGAUGCAAAUUUCGGAUUAUCGCAACCCACGGCCAGACGAGAGAAAACCACAUUCUGUCUCCAAUCAACACUGUCAAAGGGGCGAUGUUAAAUGAUGUUCGACGUUUUCGUCUACCCAUGAGUAGACUAUUUUUUGACCGUCAUUUACUUAGCUUUGUUAAAUAUUUUUUCAUAUGUCUAUAUAGAAUCUUUUUGCGACAAGUUUACACGUAUUAUGUUAUGUUCUGUGACAUUAUCUUGACUGACGUGAAAACACUUUUGAUAAGUAAAAUAAACCAGGAUUUCUACACAUAUAUUGGACUACCUGCGACUAAUACGCGUAUGUGUUUUUGCACAUAAAAAUGUAUAAGAGAGACGACAAAUGCUAAAAUCGGGUAAAAGAAAAAAAAUAAAAACGAAAUUCUAUUAAACAAAACUGGCAUGAUAAAACGUGAUAAAUUGCCUGUCUCGCAGUGUUCGCGUACUAAUUUUUUAAAUAUGACACCGCAUACGUGUAGCAAAAUAAGAAACAAAAU